ACAUCACACUCCGCGAUGGAAAACUUUACCCUGGCCAUCAACCAUUCAGACUGUUACUUGGAUGAUAGCGCAUCAAGGAGGAAGUUGUUUCUAUUUUUCUACUUGACUAUCAUCAUCACUGCCAUCCCGUCCAACGCUUUCUCCCUCUAUGUGUCAUGGCAGCACAUUAGACAGAAGAAUGAGCUUGGUGUUUAUCUGUUCAACCUUGCCCUCAGUGACCUGACCUUCACUGUUGGGUUGUCUCUGUGGCUGGACUUCCUGUGGCGAGGAAUCUGGGCCCAUGGAGGUUACGUAUGUGUGCUUUCUGUCUACUUUCUUUUCACUAACUUUUACACCAGCGAUGCUCUACUCUGCUGCAUUGCUGUUGACCGCUACUUGGCAGUGGCUCACCCGUUAAAGUACACAUCCUUGAGAAAAGUUGGCACUGCAGCAGCAGUUAGUGUUGCCAUUUGGGUGUUGGUGAUCUGUUUCAAUGCCACCACCAUCACAUGGAAGGACACUUAUCAGGAAAACAACACAUUUUCUGUGUGCUUUGACAUCUUCCUCCCACUGUCAGAGAAUCUGGCUCGUGCUAAUGUAGUGCGCUUCUUCCUGGGGUUUAUUGUUCCCGUUGUCCUGGUGGUGUUUUCCAGCUGGGGGAUCUGUCUGGCGGUGAAAUCCAACCAGGCCACAGAGGAGCAGGAACGUAAACGGAUUUGGAAGCUGCUGACAGUAGUUCUGCUCUGCCUUUUGUUCUGCUUCGGACCUAUCCACGUCAUGAUGCUUCUCCGCACACUGGUGGAUGACUGUAGGACUGCUGCGUGGCUACUCUAUCCCUACAAGAUCAGCAUUGCUAUCUCAAGCCUCAACUGUCUUGCAGACCCACUCCUUUAUUGCUUCAUCACUAGAACAGGACAGGCCAAUGUUAAUCAGGUUGUUCUCUUCCUCCAGGGAAAGAAGAGAAGCAAAGAGGAAGGUAUGGUAUAGGUUUAACAGCAGUAAACACAUCUGGAGAGGGUCCUGUGUUUUAAGAUGUAUAAAAAUACUCUGCUUUGAAUAAUAAUUUAGUUUACUGUCUUUAACAGACAGUUCACUUUGCACGUACCACUCUAUAGAGGUACUUUAUUAACAUCAACAUGUUCACUUCAUCAGCACUGAGACAUGGAGAACAACUGUUCCAGGGUGAACAAACAUUUCCCUGAAGAGGUCCAAAGGAAAUAAAUGGAUUUUGAAUGCAAAUUUGACGCCAGUCAUCAUUUGAAUAAGGCUGCAGUUGGAAAACAAUAUUUGGGGUUUUUUUUUUAACGAACCAUGUGGCUUUUAUUAUAGGACCAUAUGACGACACAUUCUACUGUAGUCUCACUUCAACACGCUAUUUGUGGUCGGAUAAAUGUGGAUCAGGUGCACAUUUGCAUUUUAGAGACAGAAAUAAAAAAUGGUGUUCCUCUUAAGUACAAUCAUCCUAUAACAAAACAUUGUACAUGCAUUUUGGAAGAUUCAGUGCCAAACUCAUUGAUCAUAAUCUAAAAUGAUGUGAACUUGCAAAUUAAAGGCUCAAAAAUAAUUUCAGGAACAAACGUUUCUUUUAAGCUAUUUAAGUUAUGUCAAAGCAAUUGCCAUUGUCCAAUAUGUGGAUGUCUCAUCUUAAAAUCAAACUAAAUAUUUUAGUUUAAUGUUUUCUGUUCAGUGUUUUCCACUGCAAACUGCUCCUGAAAUUAAUAUUUAGCAUUUUCUUCAUUCACUGGUUCUUAUCGUGGUAAUUAUUCCAAGAAGUUCAGCUAUUUGAAAGGGAAGUUGGCCAAAAAAACAAAAAACGUACAUGUAUAAAAUUUUGAUGACAGACUAUAGAAUGUAUCCAUUUAUAUACGAAGAAAAUAAAAAAUAUUUUAUACAAUACUCAUACUUUAUCUGUAGGUUGUGUCAUGUAUUCACAAAAAAUGUUAAGUGCUUUUAUCUGCAGGUCUACACUGUGGCAAACUGCACUUAUGACAAACAUGGAUAUCUGAAGCUCUCUAGUGGACAAUUCUGGUAGUGCGGCAAGCUGUCUACACUGUUCACACUUGGAAUAUUUAAACAUUUCAGAUAAACCUCUUGUGUGUUACUGUUGCACAA